AUGGCAAGGGGCUUGGGGACACUCUUGGGUCUCCUCUCUGUCCUCCCUUUCCUGCAGACAGAGCAGACAGUGUUUAUGUCUGGUGAUGAUGCAAACAAAGUUAUCAAGAGACACAGGAGAGCCAAUUCCCUGCUUUUGGAGGAGGUCCUUCAGGGCAGCUUGGAAAGAGAGUGCCUGGAGGAAAGAUGCACACAUGAAGAAGCAAGAGAAGUGUUUGAAAAUGAUGAUAUGCUUAAAAUGUUUUGGGAUGCCUAUUAUGAUGGCAAGAGGUGCUCUUCAAACCCAUGCCAGCACAACGGCGUAUGCAAGGACAACAUCCGCAGUUACACGUGUACCUGUACGGAUGGUUACGAAGGGGAGAACUGUGCUUUCGCUAAAAAUGAAUGUCGACACGAAGCAAAAGAAGGAUGUCACCAUUUCUGCUACCCAGGAAAGACGUCCUACCGCUGCUCCUGUGCCGAGGGCUACGAGCUCGGCAAGGAUAAGAAGCAGUGCAUUGCGUUAGAUCAGUGUGCAUGUGGCACAAUUCAAGACACUAAUAAUCUGAUAAGUGAAACCAGGAAGAAACGUGACAGGAGAUUUCCUUGGCAGGUGCUGUUGCUAAAUUCAGAAGGGAAGGGCUUCUGUGGAGGAGUGCUGCUGAAAAGUAACUUUGUAUUGACAACGGCAGAGUGUGCGCUACAGCACGGCAAUUUUGAAAUCAGGAUUGGUGCUGGGCAUAACGGGACAAACGGAACCGAGGAAAGAGUGCGAGUUACUGAGAUCCACAUCCACAUACGCUACGAUGAAGACACGGGCGAGAACAACGUUGCGCUACUCCAACUCCAAGCACACGUUGAGUGCCACACACACCGGCGCCCUGUGUGCAUGCCCGAGAGGGACUUUGCGGAACACGUCUUGAUCCCCAGAAUGGUUGGUACGGUCAGCGGCUGGAAAACGGGCAGCGAGGAAGGCCAAGAGCUGCAGGUUUCCUACCUCCCCGCUGAGGCCUGCCAGCGAGCGCUCAACGGCAGCCUCACAAACCGGCAGUUCUGCGGGCGCCGCCGGGAGGCCGCAGACAAGGGCCUGGCCGGAGGCGGCUUCGUUGCCACCGAGUACAAGGGCACCUGGUUUCUCACGGGCAUCCUGGGAUCCUGGCCGCUAGAGAACAGUGACUGGGAGACAUUUCUGUUCACCAACACCGCAAGGUAUAUGGUAUGGUUUAAACAAAAAAUGAAGUAAGACACGAGGCAACCAGCUCUCCACCAACAAACUCCUCCUGAUGGCUGCAAGGAGCACCUGGAUGGGCCUGUAGAUCAGUUUGACUCUCGGUCACAACAUGCAGCAAUGGAAACUGCAAUAAUACUGUAAAUAUUU